AUGGAGCGAGCCAUUGAAUCGAAAGAUAGGAUCAUUGAGAUUGAACAAGCUAAGGAAUGUAUCAACUACAUUCCCGUGGAUCACGUAGAUGUAAUGCCAGUUGUUGCGGGACCUGACAAUGGAACUGAUGAAGAGGUUUCGAACAAGGAAAAUGAGACCUAUUUUGGAAUGAAUGUCGAGAAUGUCUGGAAUCGUGGAUACAGCGGGAAGGAUAUAAAUGCUGCGGUGUUAGAUGUUGGCAUUAAUACAAACAUCGGAGACCUCAGCAAAAAUAUAAACAAGGUGCUGGCGUUCAACUUCAUAGAUAAUACAACCAAUGUGACCCCAGAAAACUUCCCUAGCUAUAGGACCGACUCCUUGCGGUUUGUCGACCACGGAAAUAGAUGUGCUAGUAUAAUAGCUGCUGAAAAAGGGAAUGGUGUGUGCGGUGCUGGUAUUGCAUAUGAAGCAAAAGUUGUUCCUUUGAAGAUUAUUUCGGUGGAGCAUAAAUACCAUAAAUUUAAGGCAAACACUAUAUCUGAUAUUAUUGGAAGGGCUCUUGCGUAUGGUUUACAGCAUAUUCAUGUUUACUCAAACAGCUGGUCGCCACCUGAAAAGUUUGAACCACUCGACAUGGCGAUAAGAGAGGCUAUCCUGUACGGAGUAACAAAGGGCCGAAACAAACUUGGGGCAAUUUAUGUUGUACCUGAUGGGUCGGAUGGUGUAUCUGGCAGUGGUCUUGCAAACAACAUACACACUAUCACUGUUAACAGUGUUGGUGUCAAUGGCGUAUUGCCAAGAAGACCGCAAGUCAGUGCAUGUGUGUUGACUUCAGGUCUUGGAGAAGGAAAUAGACUAAACACAAACUACAUGCUGACAUCUUCAUUCAACAAUAGAUGUAUCAGAUCAUUCAAAGGCGUUUCAGCCGCUGUUGCAGAAGUUUCAGCAAUAAUUGCGCUUGCCUUACAAGCAAGGCCACUUUUAUCGGUGAGGGACAUUCAAUAUUUACUCGUCGAAUCAUCGGAUCAGCAACAACUGGCAAAAACAAAUGAACUCAAAGAAAAUGCAGCUGGGAAACUAUUUAACCCUUUUCUUGGGUUCGGAUUAAUUGAUGCUGACAAAAUGGUAUCCCUUUCAAAAACAUGGCCUCUCGUUGGAAACAUUUACAGCAGCACGUUACGUUACAAAAACAUCAGUUUAAAGCGGAUAGACAAACAUCAGUAUGACUCGAAAACAGAGAGAAUUACGUAUGAAAUAGAAUUCAAGAUGGAAGAGAAUAGAUGCCAGCCGCAUGUUAAUACAAUAGAACAUGUUGUCUUGUACAUUAGUCAUGUUAUUGUAACUCAAAGAAACAUGAUAUUGAAAAUCAUUUCUCCAAGCAAUACAGUCUCUAUCGUUGUGGAUAAUGGAGAUGCUGAUAGUUUCAGUAAGGAUACCACUCCUAGAAACUUGACAAGUGUACAUUUUUGGGGAGAAAACCCCUUUGGGCGUUGGAAGGUUCGAAUACAACUUGCACAUACUACAGGCACGUACUGUUCUCAAAAUGAAUACCAACUCGAAUUGGUCUCUUUGACUGUGUACGGAGCCUUCGACGAAAGUAAAAGAACAUGGAAAUGUGUAUUACCCACACAGCAAACUACGACAACUCAGAAAAACAGAAACAGUGUUAGUCAAACGUCAACAACGAUGAAAUCACAUGAAAGGAUAACCUGUUGGGAUGAAUCAGUUUUUAACCUGGUGCAGCUACGAGCAGUGACUGCUAUGACAAGUCCACGAAAAGAGUGA